CUCCAUCAGGGAAACUGGACAUCUGGAGAGAAAUUACACCAUUUCUGGGGGGUCGGAAUGUGACCUUGUUCUGGAAGCACGCACCAAACUUUCGAGCAAAUGGAAGAAGUAUUUCAUAUGAAGUAACCUGGAAAAAAGUAGAAGAUGGCUCUAAGCUUGAAAGCAUCUCCUUGUCAUCAGUCUACAAUAGCACAAGGAUUUCCAUUGAUAACCAUUCCUACAGAAUCACUAUUAUGUCAAAGAAUAAUGUUAAUUAUUCACUGCCUUCAGUAUUGAUCAUCCCUAGAGCUACAGGUAACAGGACUAAAGAGCUUAAAGAAGAACAGGUUAAUGGUACAGAUGAUGGCAUUUUUGUUUCCUGGGAGCCCAGACAUAUAUAUGACAGUUACAUUAUCGACUGGUAUAACUUUCCGAUGUUGCAGCCUUGUGAUUUACAAUGGAAGAGAUUUGGGCCCAACACUUCCAGUGCUCUGAUCAGCUCAGCUGCUUUUGUUCCGGGGGUGAGAUACAACUUCCACAUCUAUGGCUCUGUUGCUAACAGAGCCUCCUUACUGGAGAAGAAGACUGGCUAUCUCAGGGAGCUACCUCCUGUGCUUGACCCUCUUGUGGAAAAAGUUGAACUGACUUUCAAUGCAGUAACGCUGUCCUGGGAUUCUUAUCCCACAAAUGAGUCACAGCCUGGUUUUGUAAGAGGCUACCAUGUUUAUGUGUCGCCUACGCAAGAGGACUGCAGUUUGAAAGGAUCAAAAAAACAUGUUCUUCCAGAUGAUUCAGUGCUGUGUAAAUACACAAUUGAAAACCCAGAAGAAAAGAAAUACACCGUGAAACACCUGUUGUCAAACACAAAAUACAAACUAGUGGUUAAAGCAUACACAGGCGGAGGAGAGACCCCCAUUGUUAACUUUAUAUAUGUAGAUACACCAUUUAACUCAAACGUGCUGUACCUUCUGGUCCUGCUCAUGAUAGUGCCAUUGCUAGCAGCAGCUGUGUGCCACUGGAAGAUGAAGUGGGUGAAGGAGUGCUGCUGCCCUGUAAUACCUAGUCCUAACAAGAGCAAAGUGCUGUCAUUCAAGGAGUUUAAGAUUGGUUCUGAGAAAGUACUGAAAGUAAGUGACUGCAUUCCUGACAUGCUAGCAGUGGACAAUAAGGCCGAAGCCCAGAAGUUACAUCCAUGGAGCCAGUUGUCUUCAACACCAGCAGAAGAGAAGAUUGAUGGUCACAACUCUUCCUGGAUUUACCCUAAUGAAAAUGGAGAGAGAGAUUUCACACCCACGCCUACACCUCAGACUCAUACCUGGUUUGAAAAUUUUACUUAUUCUUCCCAUCUUGCAGUUAAAUCUGACCCCUAUCAAAUACCAGGGACACUAGAAACAAGCACAUCAGAACUGUCAGAACUGCUGUACCAGCCACACUACUACUUCGAUAUCUUAAAUGAAGGUGUUUCCUCUACACCCAGAGAAACAGCUGGCAGAAAGACCAGUCUGAGAUACAUUUCACAAACAGCUGUGCCUAGGGAGGAGGCUUUGAUGUACUCUCUUCCACUGAGUCCCUCCACUGGUUACACAAGAUAA